AUGCUGAACCCAGUGCGGCUGCUGGUCUCUAGCCUGGCUCAGUCCACUCGCUGCUGCUCUGGAUACGUGUUCAGAAUGAGGUUUCUAAACUCUUUGAAACAGGACGAUGAGGCCUGCAAGGCGGCGCUCUCUCACUCGGACCUGAUGCUGUUUCAUUCUCUGAAGCCGCUGCUGAAGAAGAACAAAGAUCGAAGCUUCAGUUCCGUCAGACUGCAGUACGACGACGUCAAGUCGCUGCUGCAGAAACUGGGCACUGACCUGUCACUCAUCCAGGACUCUGUGCUGAUUGGCUCCUCAGAGAGAGGCACCGCCCUCUUCUGUCUGGACCUGGCUUCUGUGGACGCCGCCGCCAUAGAGGAAGUUGGCGGGGCUAAGUUCGUGGACUUGAGGAAGUCGUUUUUCCUUCUAUCGGACUCAGAGGCGCCUCUUGUGGCCAAGGCUCAGGCUCUGCUGCGCUGGCAUCUCACUCACACAUUCUGCAGCUUCUCUGGAAAAAGCACAAAGAGAAACAGAGCAGGAAGUCACCGGAUCACAGAGGGGUCAGAGGUCGUGCACUAUCCACAGAUGUCGCCGGUGGUGAUCGCCCUGGUGCAUGAUGGGAGUCGGUGUUUGUUGGGGCGCCAGAUUUCAUUUCCUGCCGGACUUUACAGCGCUCUUGCUGGAUUCUGCGACAUGGGGGAGACCGUGGAGGAGGCCGUUCGGCGGGAGGUGGCGGAGGAAGUGGGACUUGAGGUGUUGUCCAUCACGUACAGCGGCUCACAGCAUUGGCCCUUCCCCAACAGCUCCUUUAUGAUUGGCUGUUUCGCCUCUGUAAGCCCCGCCCACUCAGAGUUGUGUAUCGAUCACUCGGAGCUGGAGGAUGCGCGAUGGUUCGACUUGGCUCAGAUCCAGACCGGGCUCCAAAGCAGCGCAACCAAAAAAGGACUUCCCGUGGUCACAUGGUUCCCUCCCCCUCACGCCAUUGCGCACAAGCUGAUCCGAGAGUGGGUGGAGCUACAGACACAAGCCCCGCCUCCACACUAA